AUGUAUAGAAUGAGUAGAUUAAUCAUUUCAAUUACCAUUUUAUUGGUAUUGUUUACAUUGACCAAUGCUCUUGGAGCCAGGUUGAUUGUUGGUGAUGAGGGACGUGCUGGAUUCAACAACAAUUCAACAGGUGGACGAAACCACUCUAGCGGAAACCAUUCAAAUGCUGCUGGUUGGAUCAACCGUAACCAUACUUCCUCUGGCAACUCUACCUCUGGUAACUCUACCACUGGUUGGGAACCAGUCUCAUGGCGUAACCACACUGGCAACUCUACUACUGGUGGUUGGAUGGGUCGUAACCAUACUGGCAACUCUACCACUACCGGUGGAUGGACUACAUCUGGUAAUUCAACAUCUGGAAACUCUACCACCACUACCGGUGGAUGGACUACUACCUCUGGAAAUCACACUACUUCCCGUAACUCUACUACUGGUGGUUGGACUACUGGUGGUUCUGGAAACUCUACCACUGGCGGAUGGGGCGGUCGUAACCACACCACCUCUCGUAACUCUACUACUGGUGGUUGGACUACUGGUGGUUCUGCCAACUCGACCACUACUGGCGGAUGGACUACCUCUGGCAAUCACACUACUUCUCGUAACUCUACUACUGGUGGUUGGACUACUGGUGGUUCUGGAAACUCAACUACUGGCGGAUGGACUACCUCUGGCAACUCAACAUCUGGAUGGGGUGGUCGUAACCACACUACUUCUCGUAACUCUACCACCACCGGUGGAUGGACUACUGGAGGUUCUGCCAACUCGACCACAACUGGUGGAUGGACUACCUCUGGAAACCAUACUACCUCUCGUAACUCUACUACUGGUGGUUGGACCACUGGCGGUUCUGCCAACUCUACCACUACUGGUGGAUCUACUUCUGGAAACCACACCACCUCUCGUAACUCUACCACCACAGGUGGAUGGACUACUGGCGGUUCUGCCAACUCAACUACUGGCGGAUGGACUACCACCACCACCACUGGUAACCACACUACCUCUCGUAACUCAACUACUGGAUGGACUACCACUACUGGUGGAUCUACCUCUGGAAACCACACCACCUCUCGUAACUCUACCACCACUGGUGGAUGGACUACUGGCGGUUCUGCCAACUCGACCACUACUGGCGGUUGGACCACUGGUAACCACACUACUUCUCGUAACUCUACUACUGGAGGCUCUGGUAACUCUACCUCUUCAACUGGUGGAUGGACCACAUCAUCGACCACUACUGGUAACCAUACCACCUCUGGAAAUCACACUAUCACUGGUGGAUGGGUAAGACGUAACCACACCACCAACUCUACCUCUACUGGAUCUUCAAGCAACUCAACCAGCUUCCUUACCGACCUCAAUGAAGAUAUCGAAGACUUUUUAUCCUUUAGCAGUGCCAGCCAAUCCGUUGUAUCAGCAUUCUUAUUUAUUGUUCUUGCCAUCUUAUCAAUCUUGUUUUAA